AUGACAGAAGAAGCCUAUGUAAUCGUGAAAUACGAUUAUUUAGCACAAGAAGAACAGGAACUUACCGUCAAAAAGAAUGAAAGACUAAGGCUUCUUGAUGAUAGCAAAAACUGGUGGAAGGUCAUAAACGAAAACAACAAAGUAGGGUUCGUGCCGAGCAACUAUGUGCGAAGAGAAUCGUUAGUGGAUAAAGCUAAAGGGACAAUCAAAGGAAUAACAGGCAUUGGGAAACCAAGAGCUCCUGACUUUUCAACGGAAGUUCCUUCUGCUUUCAAUUCGCCUCCUGAUACUCGGCCGGUUUUUUCCACAAACAAUAGCUUCAACUCGAACGGUGGGCAAGGCUUCAACAAGUUGUCCGCAGCUAUGAGUUGUCGUGUCGUUGUUAAGUUUACUUAUGAGCCUCAAAUAGAAGAUGAAUUGGGCCUUACAAGAGGUGAAGUUAUAAAUGUCAUUGAAAAGAGCAGUGAUGGUUGGUGGAAAGGAGAGAAAAACGGAGUUACUGGUUGGUUUCCUUCAAAUUACGUAGAAGAGGAAGCCGCUAAGACAAUGUCGAAUGGAAAUGGAACUGUGGAAAACAAAAAACCCAUCAACGAUGUGUCAUACACAUCCACGAUUCCCAAGUUGACUACAACAUUAGAGAGAGUAGUUGGUUUAUAUGGUUUUGAAGCUUCUGCUCAAGAGGAACUGUCUUUCCGAAAAGGUGAAAAACUGGAUAUUGUUGGACAUCCGGUACAUGAUCCCGAUUGGUGGAUGGCUAAGAACUCUCGUGGACAAGAAGGUCUUGUUCCCCGCAAUUACAUAGAGGUUUUAUCCGAAUCCCCUUCUGCAACUACAAAUGGUAGUGGUGGAGGCAUUCAAAAUGAAGUUUGGUAUUUCGGACGCUUAACGAGAGAUGAGGCCGAUGCUCUGCUCAGGAGUGGACGUCAAGGAGAAUAUUUAGUGCGGGACAGCGAAAGCACGCCAGGAGACUGGUCCAUUUCAAUGCGUGGAAUUGAGAAGAACAAACAUUUCAAAGUUCAAUCUGUAAAUGGAGAAUUGAGGAUUGGUACCCGAAAUUUCCCGGACAUGAAAACUCUUAUUGAGCAUUACAAAGUACAUCCCAUCUUCUCAUCGGAUACAGAGAAGCUUCACCUCACCAUGCCUCUACCCAAAUAA